AUGUCCAGCUCUGUUGGCUCUGACAGCAGCACCUCCAGCUCCAUCAGCACUAUCAGCAGCACCUCCAGCCCUGUUAGCACUAUCAGCAGCACUAUCAGGAGCAGCUCCAGCUCUGUCAGCACUGACAGCAGCACCUCCAUUACACGAGGCCCAGGCAGCAGCAUUAGGUGUGCGUGCAGCACGAAGGAGUGCAGGCAGCAGCACCGCAUCUCGUGCAGCACGCAGGGAUCUUGCUACGUGCAGCAGCUGCAGCAUCACUCUGGCUUGCAGCAAACGCGAGGCUGCAUCGACGGAUUCUCUGUCAGCACUGACAGCAGCACCUCCAUUACACGAGGCCCAGGCAGCAGCAUCAGGUGUGCGUGCAGCACGAAAGAGUGCAGGCAGCAGCACCGCAUCUCGUGCAGCACGCAGGGAUCUUGCUACGUGCAGCAGCUGCAGCAUCACUCUGGCUUGCAGCAAACACGAGGCUGCAUUGAGGGAUUGCCAUCGCAGUCUCUGCUGUGCUCACUCCCCGCCCCGGUCAACCUCCUGACGAAGGUCCACCAGUGGCCCAGGUUGGCUUGCUGCUCAUCAGAUCUCUGCAACGCCCCGCUGCUGCUUGACCUCAGCACCGACCAAAUACUAGCGGCGAGGGGCACCUCUGCAACUAAGAUGUCUUCUCCUGGAAGCGAAGAAACGGGGACUGGAAUAUCAGAGUUUUCCGACCCAGAAAAUGGAAGAAAGUCUAUCGAUCGAGGAAAUAUUUUAAGGAUGAAUUCAGAAAUCACGUCUUCGGUGGCAUCAGACGGUGCAACGAUGGUUGAACAGGGUUGGAACAAGACAUCACACCGCGGAGCAACACUGCUGCACACGCUGCUCACGGUGCUCACGGUGCUCUGCAGUCUGGUGCUCUGCGCCGUAGCGCUUCUCGCCCACGCCAUCCGUAAAAACUCCACGAAAUAUUACAGCAACUCCAACCUCAAAUACGUCAUCGUCUGA